UCAUGUCGCUUUGGUGGUUCAGUCUCGGGCUGCUGCUCGCUAUCUUCGGGCUGCUCUAUGCCUGUCUGGAGCGCACGUACAGCUACUGGGCGCGUCGGGGGGUGUUGCAUGAGAAACCGGUCUGGUUCUAUGGCAACUUGCGCAGUGUGGGCAAGACGACAACGGUGCUGGAGCCGUUCCGCAGAUUCUAUGAGAAGUAUAAGGGACAGGCGCCCUUUGGCGGCUUUUACUUUGCACUGCGUGGCGCGGCCGUGCUGCUGGAUCUGGAGCUGGUGAAGCUGGUGAUGGUGAAGGAGUUCCAUAACUUUGCGCAUCGUGGCAACUACUACAAUGAGCAGGAUGAUCCCAUUUCGGCACAUCUCUUCAAUUUGGAUGGGCGCGAGUGGCGCGAAAUGCGCAACAAGCUGACGCCCACAUUCACCUCGCUCAAGAUGCACCAAAUGCUGCCCACAGUGGUUGAGAUAGCCGAGCGCUUCGUGCAGGUGGUGCAGCAAAAGGUUGAGCAGCACCAAGCUGCCGAGGAGUCACCCGUGGAGGUAAAGGAUCUGCUGGCACGCUUCACCAUCGACAUUAUCGGCAGCUGCGCCUUCGGCCUGGACUGCAACAGCCUGAACGAUCCGAACGUAGAGUUUCGCCGCCUGGGCCAGAAGACCUUCACACAGCGGCGUCAUGGCCGGCUGGCCUUUGCCCUCAUUCAGGCUUUUCCCCGCCUGGCCAAGCGGCUACACAUCAAAAUGGUGCAGGACGACGUCAGCGCCUUCUACAUGCGCGUCGUCCGCGAGACUCUGGACUAUCGCGAGCAGAAUGGUGUGCAGCGCAAUGAUUUCCUCAACCUGCUCAUGGAGCUGCGCAACGAGCCGAGUGGCGGGUUGACCUUCAAUCAGAUUGCUGCACAGGCUUUUGUCUUUUUCCUGGGUGGCUUCGAGACCAGCUCCAGCACCAUGGGCUUUGCGCUGCACCUGCUCGCCCUGCACCCAGAGGUGCAGCAGCGCGGCAGGGAGGAAGUGCAGCAGGUGCUCGCCAAGCACGGGCAGCUCAACUAUGCGGCCUUGAGGGAGCUCAAGUAUAUCAAGCAAAUCAUUUACGAAACGCUUCGCAAAUAUUCCAUUGCAUCCAUUCUACUUCGAAAGACCAUUGAGGAUUUCCCGAUUCCGGGCUCAACCUAUGUUCUGGAAGCCGGCACACCUGUCGUCAUACCAGUCGAUGCCAUACACCACGAUCCGGACAUAUAUCCGGAACCAGACAAAUUCGAUCCCGAUCGCUUUACGCCCGAGGCCAUGGAGGCGCGUCCCUCAGCCGCUUGGCUGGGCUUUGGCGCUGGUCCGCGUAAUUGCAUUGGGCUACGUUUUGGCGAAAUGCAAGCUCUGGUGGGUCUGGCUGUGCUGCUAAAGAACUUCAAGUUCUCUCCAGCCAAGGAGACCGAGAUACCCUUGCAAAUACACAAAACGAGUUUCUUCCUGCAGUCACAGGGCGGCAUAGUGCUCAAUGUGGAAAAGGUUUAACUGAUUUGUGUGUAAUAUUUUAAGUACUUUUAGACGUGCGCUCAAUGUAUUUUUUAUGAUUAUUCCCAAACUAAUUAUCAACAAGGCCAAGCUUGAAAUUCGAGCCGCACUAAUAAUAAAUAAUAUGUUUU